CAGACUAUCCAGGUUCUGCAUCCACAGAUCUGCACUCCACUGCUGCACUCCACUGCUCGGCUACUCCUGAUUCUGUCAACUAUCUCAAGCGUCUAUCAGUGUAGUGCCUGCCCGCACAACACUAUAAGCAGUGAGUCAACAAUUCCCAAGAGCAAUAAGGCUGCAUCCCUGUGACUGUAUAGUCUGCUGGUGAUCAGGCUGUUGUGCCCACAAGCGUAACCCAGCAAGAAGUAGAGGACUUCCAUCAAUCCUGAAAAAUAUUAUUUAGUGACGACUCAUUUUAUGGCAUUUAGUAAAGAAAAGAAAAAUUAAAGAUUUCUCUAACUGUUUUCAAGAGGUUUUUGACAUUUUCUUUUGAAGAAUCCCAAAUAUUUAUUUAAAUACAGAAAUGUUUUCAUGCAAUUUGUCUGCAGUGGUAGAUGAGAAGUCACCCUACAUCUCCAUAAAGAGUGUUGGCUCUUGUACUGUACUGUCCUUAGCUUUUAUCUUUGGGGUUCCCGGAAACAUAUCAGUAAUGUGGAGCAUAUACGGAAAGCUGAAGAAUAUUUCUGUCACUGUGCUGUUAAUCGGACAUCUAGCACUUGCAGACUUCCUUAUUCUGUUAACUCUACCUAUCUGGAUAUAUAUGUUAGCUGUAAACAAGUGGGUCUUUGGACAAGUGUUCUGCAAGGUUUUGGCAUAUGUUAUAUAUUCUAAUUUGUAUGUCAGUGUGUUUCUCAUAACUCUGUUGAGCAUAGAACGGUUUUUGGCUGUGUUUAGACCAUUUCAGCUGCAAAAAUGGAUCAGACAACGUGUCUUUCAAAAAAUUACUAUUUUCAUUUGGAUUGCAUCUGCACUUCUUGGCAUCCACUCUAUUCCGUUCUUAAGCCCAAUUCAAAAUGAUCAACCUUUCAAAUGUGUUCUACACGAAUAUACCAGUAAUACCCAAAAGGUAGCUUUUAUUCUUUUGGAAACCUUUGUCGGAUUUUUGAUUCCUUUCUGUAUUAUUAUUGUCUGCUACAUCUACUUAUGGAGAAAACUCAGAGAAAUGAAAUUUGUGGGCAAACGUAAAACAGACAAAAUAAUUGUCAUGGUGGUGGGCACUUAUGUCAUAUGUUGGAUUCCGUACCACAUAUUCAACAUUGUGGAUGUUGCCUCUGUUCUUCUAGGCACCUGCAGUCUACAAGGAAUUGUUGACAUCGGAGGCACUAUUGCUGGGGCUUUGGUGUUCAUAAACAGUUGUUUGAAUCCUCUUUUUUAUUUCUAUUAUGCAUUUAAGAUGAAAAGCCCUACAAAGAUUUUCAGGCUAAAUAUGCUUUUUGAGAACAUUUUUGGGAUGGAGACAGAACAGAAUCCAAGUGAAAAUAAAGAAAAUACCACAGAAAGAACAAAUAAAGACAUAAUUGAAAUGGCUUCUUCUGAUCUUCAGAUGGCUUAAAUAAAAAU